CCUGCGGCUCUCUGGUAGACAUGUGCGCGGGCUGUAGCCUGCUCUGAAGUACCGCAGCUCCUAAACUCUUCCUUUAUAAAACCAAACAGUAAAAACUUCAGUUGUUUUCUUUGUUUUCCCGUCAUCCCCCGCGAAACACGUACCCACUGCUGCUGUUAUCUGAAGGUGGCUAACCGCUCCGCAGGGGCUGUGUGAACACAUUCUGUGGCUUUGCGCUGAAAAUUUACCUCCUCAAAACAAACCGGGACUGUCGGAUUGACCAUUGUAAGCAAAAUUCCAAGUCAUAGUGUGUGCUAUGAGAAAAACGAUGCAUGAAGUGGUCCUUUGUUCCUUCGGAGCCUUUGAUCACGAGAAACACGAAAGCUACAUGAUUCACAGAAGAUAAUAGAAACCAGCAAGAGGUUGUGUUUAUUUGUUGAAGACCAGUCCGAUCCUGCUGCCAUCACCAUGUCAGCAGACGCAGAACCGGAUGCGCCGCAGCUUGUGAAUCCUCCGCCUCCUGAGGUGACCAAUCCCAACAAGGCAGGCCGGAGGACCAACCAGCUGCAGUUCAUGCAGAAUGUAGUGAUCAGAUCCCUUUGGCGCCACCACUUUGCCUGGCCUUUUCACAGUCCCGUCGAUGCAGUCGCUCUUGGACUAUCAGAUUAUCAUAAGAUAAUAACAUCUCCCAUGGACUUGGGAACCAUCAAGAAACGACUAGAGAACAACUACUACUGGAGCGCCAGCGAAUGUUUGCAAGACUUCAACACCAUGUUCACCAACUGCUACAUAUACAACAAGCCUACAGAUGACAUAGUGCUGAUGGCCCUCGCCUUGGAAAAGAUUUUCUUGCAAAAAGUUGCCCAGAUGCCUCAAAGCGAAGUGGAGCUUUUACCUCAUGCAGCCAAAGGGAAGGGCAAGAAAAGUAGCAUUUCAGGUGGGCAGGUUGGAAGUGUGACAACAUGUCCCUCAGGUACAACUGUUACAUCUCAACCAAGCAACAGUUACACGCCCUCCAGCUCUUCCUCAACUCCCAAACAGUCAUCACAAACCGCCGUGAAGAAGAAAGGGCUGAAGAGGAAGGAAGACGCCACAACCGAUUUGUCCUCAGCAGUGAUAAUCAGUUUGAGUGAUUUAUCGGAAAGCAAGAGGAGAGGUGAAGGCGCAGGCCGAGCCGUCAAUCCUUCUAAGAACAACUUUGAUGAAAAGGAAUCGCCGCUACGAGAAAAUGAACAGGGCAGACUGAGCGAACAGCUCGAGUACUGCAACAACAUCCUGAAGGAAAUGCUCUCGAAGAAACACGCAGCCUACGCCUGGCCUUUCUACAAGCCUGUCGACACCGAAGCACUGCAGCUACAUGAUUACCAUGACAUCAUCAAAUACCCCAUGGAUCUCAGCACUGUAAAAAAAAAAAUGGAUGGACAAGAGUACCAGGAUGCACAAGGAUUCGCUGCAGAUGUGAGGUUGAUUUUUUCAAACUGCUACAAAUACAACCCUCAACAUCAUGAUGUCGUCACCAAGGCCAGGAGACUUCAGGGCGUUUUUGAGAAGAGGUUUGCAAAGAUGCCAGACGAGCCCGUUGAAUUGAUUUCACCAGUGAGCGCAACAUCUGCUAACAGUUCAGGUUUUAGGGGAAUAAGCGGCACAGGCUCGUCCAGCUUGGACACGUCCGACUCAGCAGACGAUCGUGCCACCCGACUUGCCGAGUUGCAAGAACAGGUGGGUGCAGAACAGCUGAAAACUGUUCACGGACAGCUGGCUGCCCUCUCUGAAGCCCCCUUGAUUAAACCAAAGAAGAAAAAAGAGAAGGACAAGAAAGAGGACCACAGGCCAAAUAAAGGCAGUACAAAUUCCAAAUGUGCCUUGAAUUCCAGCUCCAGGCAUCCGUGGAAGGGAAGCAAAGACUGUGAUUCAGAAGGCGAAUGUCUGCCGAUGACAUACGAUGAGAAACACCAACUGAGCCUUGACAUUAACCGCUUACCCGGCAUGAAGCUGGGUCGCGUGGUGCACAUCAUUCAGACACGAGAGCCUUCGGUGUGUGACACCAACCAAGAUGAGAUCGAGAUUGACUUUGAGAAACUGAAGCCGUCCACUCUGCGUGAGCUGGAGAGAUAUGUCAAGUCUUGUCUGUACAAGAAAUUUAAGAAAUUUCAGAAGAAAAGCAGUCAAGCUGCAUCACAUCAUGUCAGCAGCAGCACUUCCUCAGAUUCUGUCACCAGCAGCUCCACUGACUCCAGUUCAGAAAACAGUGACUCAUGAGGGCUGCAGUAAUGUUUUUUAUUUAUUUCUUUGUUCUGUGACCAAAAGAGAGUGUUUUCACUAAUGUUAACAUGCUUAUUUUUCUAGUUGUUAUAUGUUUAAUACACGGUUUAUUAAACUUCCCACCAUUUUUGCAUUCA